GUUUUGCAUCUUAAUGGGACACGUCUUCGCCAUCGCCCACCUCCCAGCCUAGGGGGACCUGGUGGGUUGUUAAUAGGAAAGCAACGCUGCCCGCCCCGGGGUCGCGUCCCUUCCGCGGAGCUUCUCUGCGCGGGGCCAGCGUGACCGGCUCCGUCAUCUUUCUGUCCACUUACUCGUUUGAGGAUGUGUUUUCUUAACCCCCUUUUACACAAGUCUCACUUCAAAUGGUUAAACGUAGUGCAAUGCUGCCUAUGAACGUGGUAGGGAAAAGCAAAUGUCACUCGAGCUAUAAUAUCAAAUGUGAAAUUGAGUUCAACAGACAUUUAGAAAAGCCUACAAAACAUUUUAAAAUCUCUAAGUUUAAAUAGAGAAAUGAAGAAACUGACGGGAAAUCCUCUUUCCUAAACCUGCAUGAGACUGAAAAAUCACUUGGCCAAUCCCGAGUAGCGCGCGCUUUUUUCAAAAAGAUCAAAGGGAAGCCAGUUUCCGGCGUCAAAAUUUAAAAUUUUUAUUCCGCGAACAAGAUAUUUACAUGAAAUUCUGCGGAGCAAAGACAGAGAACAUUGUAAAGAAAACGCGCACAGACCGAGCGACGAGAAAGGGUAGAAAACAGCCUCUGCUGAAAGGGUGGGUGGGAGGAAGAAGUUAAUUUCUGAUCCAAACGCCCGGAGGCCCCGGGGAUCAGAAAGCCGACGCGGCUUCCAAUCACGUCACUGCGGGCCUUGAUGGGCAGGUGCCUCCUCCAAUCACAGUGGCACUCGCCUUAUAUAUACUGGUUGCGAGCGCGCGCUGCCAUUCCUACAGCAGUUCUCUGCUUCUUUGUGUUGGAAAUGGCUCGCACCAAGCAGACGGCGCGCAAGUCCACGGGCGGGAAGGCGCCCCGCAAGCAGCUGGCCACCAAGGCCGCCCGCAAGAGCGCGCCGGCCACGGGCGGCGUGAAGAAGCCGCACCGCUACCGGCCCGGCACCGUGGCCCUGCGCGAGAUCCGCCGCUACCAGAAGUCCACGGAGCUGCUGAUCCGCAAGCUGCCCUUCCAGCGCCUGGUGCGCGAGAUCGCGCAGGACUUCAAGACCGACCUGCGCUUCCAGAGCUCGGCUGUCAUGGCGCUGCAGGAGGCGUGCGAGGCCUACCUGGUGGGGCUGUUCGAGGACACCAACCUGUGCGCCAUCCACGCCAAGCGCGUCACCAUCAUGCCCAAGGACAUCCAGCUGGCGCGCCGCAUCCGCGGGGAGCGGGCGUGAGCUCUUGGCGGGCGGCAACCUAGAACCCAAAGGCUCUUUUC